AUGAACGAGGAAGAAGAUCCCGAUUUAAGGUCAAGAAAAGAAUGUCGCGACAUAUUAAGAGCUCAUUUAAAGUUUAAUUGCGCGGAAGUUUAUCGUCCAAGAAAUCUUGAUGAAAUAAAUGAGAGAAUUGGAAUCUACUUGACUGACAAAGAAAGAAUUCAAAAAGAAAUCGAUGAAAUUAGUGAGCUGCUAAUACAAUCACAAAUAAGAACCAUAAGUGUUGAAGAAGCAGCGCGCGAAAGAGAAAAAGGACUACAACAAGGAUUUGAAGAAACUCUGAAUAAUUUAUCCUGUCAGCAUUUAGUGAAAGAAGAUAGUAUAACUAUCACAAUAACUGAACAAAUGAAUACUAUAAUAAGUGAUGUGGAAAAAGCACACAGCACAACAAUCAACGAAUUAAAAAGUACAAUAGAAAAUUUAAAUAUUCAGAUUAAUUCAGAAAGAGCUCAACAUCAAAAUGCUAUGAGCAAUUUUAGAAAUAUUUACAACUUUAA